AUGGUAAAUGAAUAGGGUUUAUUAAUUACAAGAGGAGAAUAUUGCAGCUAAAAGGCUUUAGUUAAUGGUAUGAAUUCAAACUACAAAAACUGUGAACAAAGCUAAAGCGAUUAAUACUAACUUGAGAAUUAACAAUACAUAUAAUGCUCUAACAUAGUUAAAAUUCUGAAGGAAAUUAUCUAGCUAUGUAUAAAUAAUUGGAAUAAACUUUAGAAGAGAUUAAAUUGCAAACACCGGUACACUUUCUUAACUCCUUAUUACAUCAAUAUUAUUGAAACCUCGUAUAAGUUAUUUUACCUCUCUAAGAAAUUACAGUUAAUAAUACUUUCCUCAUCUAAAUAAUCAACGAACUGCUCUCCAAAGAAAAACCUUCAAUUGUAAAGAAAUAGUUGUCAAUAAGAUUCAUAAAUACUUUAAUUUUUAAGCCUAAAAGAAGAACAAAUAAAUUUGAAUAAUACAUUAGCCACAAUAUUCCACACCAAAAAAUACAAAAACAAAAAUGCAUAUUAAUAAUAAUCUAGCAAAUGCAUUUAAUUAUUAUUCUAUACCUAAUAACAAAAUGACAUUAUAGAUAUUUUUUUGCUUAACCUUUUGGGAUUUAUAACUUUAGGCAACAGAUAUUGA